GCUUGAGCACCUGUGAGAGUGUGGUGAUUCAUUACAAAGUACACACAAAGUGAAGGACUACAGCGCUCCACGUCAGACGCAAACAUGCAGAGCAUCAGCUCUCCAGGAGCCAGCCUCCUCUCCGAGGAGCAGUUCUGCUGCUCCAUCUGUCUGGAGGUGUUUGUGGAGCCCGUCUCCACGCCCUGCGGCCACAGCUUCUGCAAGGCCUGCCUGCAGGGCUACUGGAACCACAGCAAGAAGUUCCUGUGCCCCAUGUGCAAGAAGAGCUACACCAAGAGGCCCGAGAUGAGCGUCAACAGGGUGCUGGCCGAGAUCUCCACCCAGUUCCAGGGGCUGAUGACGGACGGGGGAGCCGGGGUCGCGGGGGGAGCCGGGGCCUCCUCGAGGGCGUCCACGUUGAAUCUGAGCUCCAACUCGGGCCAGGGGAAGGACACCGGGGAGUUUGCACAGGCCGGGGAGGUCCCCUGUGACGCCUGCAUCGGGAGGAAGUUGAAGGCGCACAAGUCGUGUGUGAACUGUCCGGGCUCAUUCUGCGAGACUCAUCUCAGACAUCACAAAAAGGUGAAGUCUCUGACCUCCCACCGCCUGAUCGAACCCACUUUCCACCUGGAGGAGAAGAUCUGCAAGAAGCACGAGCGCCUCCUGGAGGUCUACUGCCGCACCGACCACGCCUGCGUCUGCACCGCCUGCGCCGAGGCCACGCACAAGUCGCACGACAUCGUCCCCGCGGAGCACGAGUGGAAGAAGAAGAUGAGUAAUCUGGGAAAGAAGAGGUCGGAGUUGAAACACCUGAUCAAGGAGAGAGCCAAGAAACUGGAGGAGAUUAAACAAUCCAUCAAGGUGAUCAAGGCCAGCUCUCAGAGGGAGUUGGAGGACAGCUGGCAGGUGUACGCCGAGCUGCAGCGCGCUGUGGAGCAGAGUCAGGCGGAGCUGGUGGAGCUGAUCGCCACGAGGCAGCGGGACGCAGAGCGCCACGCGCAGGAAUUAGCCCGGGGCCUGGAGAACGAGCUGAGCCAGCUGAGGAGGAGGAGCAACGAGCUGGAGGCCUUCGCUCAGAUGCAGGACAAAGUGGUCUUCCUGCAGAACAUAGUGACGCUGUCUCCCCCGCCCGAGCCUGCCGAUUGGUCGGCGGUCAGCAUCAACACCGACCUCUACCUGGGGACCAUCCGCACCUCGGUCAGCGGCCUCAUCGAGAAGUUCCAGGAGGAGCUUAAGAGGCUGUACGGGAAAGAGCUCCGCAAGGUCCAGAACUAUUCGAGUGAGGUGAUUUUGGACCCCGCCACGGCUCAGAAGAACCUGGCUGUGUCGGAUGACGGUCGCCAGGUGAGGUAUGAAGAGCGGAAGUCCUCCCACUCCGAGGGCCCGAAGCGCUUCAGCCCCGCCCUCUUCGUCCUGGGCCGCGAGGGCCUCGGCUCUGGGCGUCACUACUGGGAGGUGGACGUGUCACGCAAGACGGCCUGGACGCUGGGCGUGGCCAGCGCCUCGGCUCGUCGCAAAGGUGAGAUCAAGCUGAGCCCCGGCGGUGGGUACUGGUGCCUGUGGCUGAAGAACGGCGAGGUGAAGGCUCUGGAAUCUCCCCGUCUGCCUCUGCAGAUGCCGUCCCAGCCCGGCAAAGUGGGAGUCUUCCUUGAUUACGAAGGAGGCCACAUUUCCUUCUAUGAUGUGAAGGCACGUCUGCAUCUCUACACCUUCAGCCACUCCUUCAACGAGGGUCUCUAUCCCAUCUUCAGCCCCUGCCUCGUCCAGGACGGCAAGAACGCUUCUCCUCUAGUGAUCACACCUGUGAAACACGCCUGAGAGUCGCAGUGUGACAGAUUCAACAUUAAGAACAUCUCGUCUUAGUGAAGAUACCAGGAAGGAUUUUUGUUUUUUAUUUGGUGUUGAAUAAAAAACAUUGUUCCCCAAAAAGAGCCAAAAUAAUAAGAUUGACUUAAGAAGCACUUUAUCUCAGAAAACAUUCAAUCUAAUGAAGUGACAUUUAUAUGACAAGGUGACUUCCUCAAGCAGUACCAGGUCCAGUAAAGACAAACAUCAUCAAACAAUCAGUGAAAUAAAGGGAACAUCGCUUUAAGACCAAAAUGUAACACAGAGCGGGAUCUGUUCUAACUGAUCCCCCCCAAAAAAACAGCUGAGUCAUGUAUACACAUUUUAAACAGUUGCCAUGGUUACUCUGUGUAGUUUACACUUAUCUCAACAUGUAUAAAGAAAGACCAAAUGAGAAUAUAUGGAGCAUGAAGGAGGAUUAUUCCAGAGGCCAUAUAGGACGUGUGGUUCAGAUGGACGUGUUCAGAAGAAAGCACAGUUUGAAUCCUGUUGGACUUACACUUUUUCCUGUUUUAAGUUCUUUGAGCACAGAGUCCAUUUUUUUCCCCCGUACAAUAUUGACGCACAAUCAAAAGUGAAAUACGAUCUCAUGUUGUAUUAAUCAUGUUAGCACACUGACUCCCAAACUUUCGUCCAUUAUCAUUUAUCUUGGUUUGAUUUUUCUGAGUUUUUUCACAUCGGGAUCGGGAUUAUUCUGCAACUCCUUCUCAACAGGAAAAACUCUCUUUUGUCUAUUGACAGGUAAAACUCUUCUUCUUUUCAGGCAUAGGCCAUAUAGGCGGUCGCCUAGAGCGCCACAUGCUGGACGGGCGCCGCCGAUCCAUUAAAUGUGUUGAAAAAAA